AUGGGUCGCGUUCGCACCAAGACCGUCAAGAAGUCCGCCAAGGUCAUCAUUGAGCGGUACUACCCCAAGCUGACUCUGGACUUCGAGACCAACAAGCGCGUCUGCGAUGAGAUUGCCAUCAUUGCCUCGAAGCGCCUGCGCAACAAGAUCGCCGGCUACACGACGCAUCUGAUGAAGCGCAUUCAGCGUGGCCCCGUCCGCGGUAUCUCCUUCAAGCUGCAGGAGGAGGAGCGCGAGCGCAAGGACCAGUACGUACCCGAGGUCUCGGCUCUCGACUUUGCCCAGAACUCCGAGAGCGGCCAGCUGGACGUCGACACCGAGACCAAGGACCUGCUGAAGCACCUCGGCUUCGAUGCCAUCCCCGUCAACGUCAUCCCCGUCACCCAGGUCCAGACCGCCGAGCGCGGUGGCCGCCGCUUCGGUGAUCGCCCCCCUCGCCGCGACUAA